AUGGCGUCAUCGGCCGGCGACGCGAGUAGCGUCCCGCCCGCUGCCGGCGGCGGAGGGAGUGGGGGGAGCGCGGGGGCUCCGCCGGAGGGGUAUCGCGCGAACGUGGGGGUGUGCGUGGUGAACGCGGCGAACGAGGUGUUCGUGGCGUCGCGUCUGGACAUGCCGGGCGCGUGGCAAAUGCCGCAGGGCGGCAUUGAUGCGGGGGAGGACAUCCGCAGCGCCGCCCUGCGCGAGCUGCGCGAGGAGACAGGCAUCUCGUCCGCCCUGCUGCUCGCGGAGACGCCCGAGUGGUUGUGCUAUGACUUCCCCCCUGCUGUGCGCCAGAAGCUUGCCGUGCAGUGGGGGCGCGAGUGGAAGGGGCAGGCUCAGAAAUGGUUCCUGUUCCGCUUUGUGGGGGAAGAGAGCGAGAUCAAUCUGGAGGGGCAGGGAGGCGAGCCGCCAGAGUUUUCCGAGUACAAGUGGCUGCCGCCUGCUGACGUGGUGGCUGCGGCGGUGGAAUUUAAACGACCUGUGUAUGAAGCAGCCAUGCGUGUAUUCGAGCCCAUUCUAGCAUCGCAGCAAUCCGCAGCAGCCGUUGAUGGACCAAGCUCAUAA